UAUUUUGCUUUCACUCUUUUUCCUAUAUAAUGAUAAGCCAUUAAGAUCGUUUCACUCUUCAAGAUUCUCUAUUUCUUCUCUUCUUAAAUUCUCAUUCUUCUCUUCUCUUUCAAAACACUUUCAUUCUCUUUUUUCUUCACUUCUCUUUUCAAUUUCUCAAAUGGAAAGCUUCUUCCACCACCAUCAUAACAUGAACAACAACAGUAAUAACAACAGUGAUGCACAUUUACCACCUGGUUUUCGUUUCCACCCAACUGAUGAAGAACUCAUCACAUUCUACCUUCUCAAAAAAGUUCUUGACACCACUUUCACUGCAAGAGCCAUAGCUGAAGUUGAUCUCAACAAGUGUGAACCAUGGGAGCUACCAGAGAAAGCUAAGAUGGGUGAGAAAGAAUGGUACUUCUUCAGUCUACGUGACAGAAAGUAUCCAACUGGUUUGCGUACAAAUAGAGCAACAGAAGCUGGUUAUUGGAAAGCAACUGGGAAAGAUAGAGAGAUUUAUAGCUCAAAAACUUACUCUCUUGUUGGUAUGAAGAAAACCCUUGUUUUCUAUAGAGGAAGAGCUCCUAAAGGUGAAAAAAGUAACUGGGUUAUGCAUGAAUAUCGCCUUGAAGGAAAAUUUGCUUAUCACUUCCUCUCUAGAAACUCUAAGGAUGAAUGGGUCAUUUCACGUGUGUUUCAAAAGAGCAACACUGGAAAUGGAAGCACCACCGUGACAGUUGCCACCACAAGUGGUGCAAAAAAGACCAAAAUAGCCUCAAACUCAGCCAGUAACAACAGCAUGAGUCUUUGUCCUGAACCAAGUUCACCUUCUUCAGUUUACCUUCCACCUCUUCUUGAUUCAUCUCCCUACACCGCCGCUAGCACCGCCUCAUUCAACGGUGGUCAAAUGUGUAACUACAACAGCUCCAACAACAACACUGAUCUAAAGGAGCACGUGUCCUGUUUCUCCACAACAUCUACAACAUCAAAUGUUGUCUCUGUUCACAACAACUUCAACAGCAACAGCAAUGGAAGUUUUGAUCUUGUUUCACCUUCUAUGAAUGCAACAAUGGAUCCUUUUGCAAGGUUUCAGAGGAAUGUCGGUGUUUCUGCUUUUCCUAGCUUGAGAUCACUACAAGAUAAUCUUCAGCUUCCUUUCUUUUUCUCCUCGGCCGCCGCGGCGCAGCCUUUUCCCGGUGGUGGUGAUAUUCUUGGUGGCUGGGGGAUGCCAUCGGAGGAGCAAAGGGUGGUGGUUGACAGUGGUGGUGGUCUCAACAUGGGAGGAUUAGGUUCUUCUGAGCUUGAUUGCAUGUGGAACUAUUAAUUAAGGAUUAUGAUUAGUAGAUUUAAUUAUUUGUCUAUGAUUUCAAUCAAAUAUUUUAAUUAGGAUUUAACUUGUUUAAGGUUGCGUAGGUUUGAUUGUACUAGAUUGUUGUUACUACUAGGUUUUGGUGUUUCCAAGGGUAGUUUUGGAAUUGUGUUUUGUUAUGUGUUAGGGAGCCAUAGGAUGUACCUAUGGUGGAUAUUUAUAAUUUAUUAUUAUAAGCAUGUGUUAUUUAGAAGUGUUUGAAUUCUGUAUUUUUAAAUUGACUAAAGUACGUCUAUGUUUUUUAUUUUGUUGUGUGAGAGAUGCAGAUG